CGUCACUCUUUGCCAUUCCUUUUCACCCAAGCAAACUGUUCAUCUUCCUCUGCUCUCUCUCGAAAUAUAAGCCUAGGUUUUACUAUUCUUCAUUUCGUUCAACUUUGAGAAGAUAGGUUAGCAAUGCCACACAGUUUAAAAGAAGAGACAGGUUCUGGUAAGGCAGAGAUGGAGGAGUAUGAAUAUAAAAAGUACAAUGAAUUGAAGAAAGGAGUCCUCAAGGUUAAAGUUUCAAGGUCUUCAUAUAAGUGUCCAUUCUGCCCUCGGGGCAAGGAGAAGGAUUAUCUUUAUAAAGGGCUGCUGCAACAUGCUUCUGCUAUUGUUAACUCCAACAAUAGCAGUAUUAGAGAAAAAGCUCGACACUCAGCGUUGAAGAAAUUUAUGAAUAAAUAUCUUAUGGAGAAGGAUCAGGCGGAAAUUGCUACCAAGUCUGAGAGUCUUGAGGUAUACGAUAAGGGGCAAGAUAUGUUUUUCGUCUACCCUUGGGUGGGUAUUGUUGCCAAUAUUAAAACUGAACAGAAAGAUGGACGCUAUGUUGGUGAGAGUGGCUCAAAACUCAAGGAAGAGUUCAAGAACAAAGGAUUCGAUCCCCUGAAGGUUCAGCCGCUAUGGAAUCGUGGUGGUCAUUCAGGGUUUGCUAUUGUGGAGUUUAAAACAGAUUGGGCUGGAUUCAAGAAUGCAAUUACUUUUGAUAAGAAUUUUGAAGUUAAUCAUCAUGGGAAGAAGGACUUUCAUGCAGCAAAGAACCUAGGAGAUAACCUCUAUGGAUGGAUUGCUCGAGAUGAUGACUACUACUCAAAAGGCCUAAUUGGUGAUCAUCUUCGUAGGUAUGGGGAUCUGAAGACUGUUUCCGGGAUAGAAGCAGAGGAUAGGAGGAAAACAUCAUCACUUGUGACAAACUUGACCCAUACUUUAGAGAUUAAAAACAUGGCUCUUAAAGAGAUGGAGAGCAAAUAUGUUGAGACAAGCAAUUAUCAUAGCAAAGUGAUGGUGCAAAUAGAUGAGGCGAACAAAACUCGAAAUGAAGAUAUAAGAAAGAUGCAGCAGAUUGCACAUGACUAUUUUGAGAAGAUGUUGUUAGACCAUGAGAAGGUUAAAUUGCAAAUUGAAGCCCAGAAAAAGAAAUUAGAGAUGGAUGAAAUGCAACUGCAGCAUCGAGAAGCCCAAAAUGAAACUGAGAGGCAGAAACUUCAACGUGACAAAAUAAUGAAUGAAAGGGCUAACUUGGAGCAAAAGAAGGCUGAUGAAAAUAUGUUGAGGCUGGCAGAAGAUCAAAAGAAAGAAACAGAGCGAAUGCGUAGGAAAAUUAUUGAGUUAGAAAAAACACUUGAUGCCAAACAAGCACUGGAAUUGGAGAUAGAACAAAAGAGAGGUACUUAUCAGGUGAUGAAACACUUGGGAGAAGAAGAUCUUGAGAUCAAGAAAAAGAUGGAUGCAAUUCUUCAAGAAAUAAAGGACAAGGAAGAAGAAAAAGAACAAAUGGAAGAACUUAAUCAAGCUCUUAUUGUCAAGGAACUGAAAACUAAUGAUGAAUUGCAGGAUGCUCGCAAAGAGUUAAUCAAUAGUAUGAGGGAGGGGACAACACGGGCUAUCAUUGGUGUGAAAAGAAUGGGAGAACUCGAAAGUAAACCAUUCCAGAGUGCAGCAAGGAGUAAAUUUUCUCUCGAGGAAGCAGAUGAGAAAGCGAUGGAACUAUGCUCUCUGUGGGAGGAAAAUCUAAGGGAUUCUGGCUGGCACCCUUUCAAAAUCAUUGUGGACAAAGAGGGAAAUUGUAAGGAAAUUGUUGAUUUGGAGGAUGAAAAACUGAAAAAUUUAAAGAAUGAGUGUGGUGAAGAAGUCGUUAAAGCUGUGAUCGAUGCCUUGAGUGAAUUAAAUACAUACAAUCCAAGUGGCAGAUACACGGUACCAGAGCUGUGGAAUUUUAGAGAAAAUAGGAAGGCAACCAUGAAAGAGGCAAUAAUUCAUCUGUUGAAACAGUGGAAGGGGAAUAAACGAAAAAGAUGCUGAAGCUGAGGAAAAUAGUUGAUAUAGAGAAUGGCAAGUGAAAACGUUUGAAGUCGUAUGGUGAAGAAGAUUUUAAUGCAGUGGCGAUAGCCCUGAGUGAGAUGAAUUACUGGGGGUAAGUAAGGUGGUGGAUACACAGCUUGAGCUUUGGAUUUUCAGGUAGAAUAAGAAAAGUAACGCUGAGGGAGGGAAUAUUUCAAAUAUUGGAGAAAGUGGAAAGAGGAUGAAGAUAAGACAAAAUGAAGCUACUACUUUAUUCUCAUUUGUCACAGAGAGAACAUUACAAUAUUCUGUUCUGCGGAUUGGAUGAUGGUUUAUGGAUUGUAAUUUAUACAAGUUUGAAUGGAGUACUUCAAAUAACACAGCUGUUCAAUGAAUCCACUUGCCCAGGUGAAAAUGAACUUUGGGCCUUCUGCAGCUUUAUUUCAAGAUUUGUGUAAUUAUGGUUGAAUUUGAUAUUUUUUGAAUUUGAGUUAGAGCUCGGUUUGAAUGAGUUUGAAAUAAAUUUAGUUUAAACGAGUUCAAGCGAGUU